UCUCCAACCCAAACUACACAUCACAACAUCUCGAUCGCGGACCAAGUACGAUCUUUCGUGCUUUUUUCGUUUCUCGCCUCCUUCCUCCAGAAAACCUCUAAAGAGACACAAAAAAACUUGAAAACCCCCCAAAAAAAGAUCCCCAAUCCUCCAUCUCCAGUCCUUGCGCGACCGACUCUGUGGACCGCCCCCGGCUUCACCUUCCCUCGUACCCGCAACCUCUACCUGCAUUCCACGACUCGGCUUUGAUCUUUGCACAUCACACCAGAAUUAGUUUCUGUACGGCUCCAUCAAAGGACCUUUACCUUCACUUCAAAGACAUCUCGACGUAGUAGGUAAGCGGCUUUCCCUUUGUCGAGGCAUCGCGCAGCUUGCACGCCUCUCCUUUGCCCUCCAUUGCCUCUGGGCGCUAUCCACUCACACAAAAGUAACUGACGUGUUUCCAGUCUCGUAUUUACCCAAGAUGUCUGCUGCUACCGCUAACGCUGCUGUCGACCAGCUCGCUUCCGACCUCAAUAAUGCUUCCUUGAACGGCGGCGAUGCAAACGGCGCUCCUGCCAUUAAUACCGAUGUCACCAACACUGGUUCUGAGGAUCCCGACACUGCUGGACCUACCCCAAGCUCUGCGGCUCCUCACCCACAAGCAUCUGCUUCCCUCUAUGUUGGUGAGCUCGAGUCUUCGGUCACCGAGGCUAUGCUCUUUGAGCUGUUCUCUCAGAUCGGAUCUGUUGCCUCCAUCCGUGUUUGCCGUGACGCUGUCACCCGCCGGUCCCUCGGAUAUGCCUAUGUCAACUACAACACUACGAUCGAUGGUGAGAAGGCUUUGGAGGAAUUGAACUACACUCUCAUCAAGGGCCGCCCAUGUCGUAUUAUGUGGUCCCAGCGUGACCCUGCUCUUCGCAAGACCGGCCAGGGCAAUGUCUUCAUCAAGAACUUGGACACUGCCAUCGACAACAAGGCUCUCCACGACACAUUUGCUGCCUUUGGCAACAUUCUCAGCUGCAAGGUCGCUCAAGAUGAGACUGGAGCCUCGAAGGGUUACGGUUUCGUUCACUACGAGACCGAUGAGGCUGCCAGCCAAGCUAUUAAGCACGUCAACGGUAUGCUUUUGAACGAGAAGAAGGUCUUCGUUGGCCACCACAUUCCCAAGAAGGACCGCCAGUCCAAGUUCGAGGAGAUGAAGGCAAAUUUCACCAACAUUUAUGUCAAGAACAUUCCUAUUGAAGUCACCGACGACGAGUUCCGUGACCUUUUCGAGAAGUUCGGAGACGUCACUUCUGCUUCGCUUGCCCGUGACCAGGAGACCAACAAGAGCCGUGGAUUUGGUUUUGUUAACUUCAUCAACCAUGAACAUGCUGCCAAGGCUGUCGACGAGUUGAACGGAAAGGACUUUAAGGGCCAGGACCUCUAUGUUGGCCGUGCCCAGAAGAAGCAUGAGCGUGAGGAGGAGCUCCGCAAGUCAUACGAGGCUGCACGCAUCGAGAAGGCAUCCAAAUAUCAAGGUGUCAACCUUUACGUUAAGAAUCUCGACGACGAGGUUGAUGACGAGAAGCUUCGUGAACUUUUUGCUCCUUUCGGAUCCAUCACUUCCGCCAAGGUCAUGCGCGAUACCCCGGCUGAGACCGCUGAGGCUGAGGAGAAGGAGAAGAAGGAGAGUGAGAAGAACAAGGAGAAUGUCAAAGAGGGCGAGGCUGAGGCUGAGAAGACUGAGAAGACUGAGACUUCCGAGGAGAAGCCAGCUGCGAAGUCUGAGAAGCGUACUCUUGGCAAGAGCAAGGGAUUUGGAUUCGUUUGCUUUAACAACCCCGAGGAGGCUACCAAGGCUGUCACUGAUAUGAACCAACGCAUGGUCAACAACAAGCCCUUGUACGUUGCCCUCGCUCAACGCAAGGAUGUCCGCAAGAGCCAGCUCGAGGCGAGCAUCCAAGCCCGCAACCAGAUCCGCAUGCAACAAGCUGCUGCUGCUGCCGGUAUGCCCCAGCAAUAUAUGCAAGCCCCAAUGUUCUACCCACCUGGGCAGCAACCUGGUUUCAUCCCACAAGCCGGACGUGGUAUGGCUUAUCCUCCCCAAGCUGGUAUGCCCAUCCCUGCCCAAGGUGGUCGUCCAGGACAAUUCCCAGGUGGCUUCCCCCCUCAACAAGGUGGACGUGGUGGACCCGGUCCUCAGCAAAUGCCACCCAACAUGUACGGUCUUCCAGGCCAGUUCCCUCAGGGUGCUCCAUACGGUGCUCAACAGGGUAAUCCACAGUUCAUUGCUGCCAUGCAACAGGCCCAACAAGCUGCUGCUCUCGCUGGUGGCCGUGGUGGACCAGGUCGUGGCCCAGUUCAGGGUAUCCCAGGCAUGCCUCCCAACAUGGCUGGUAUGCCAGGUCAGCCACAAAUGCUCGGUGGUUUCCCUCAAGGAGCUAGACAAGGUGGCCCAGCCGGUCGUGGAGCUCAAGGUGCUCGUCCAGGUCAAUACCCAGGUGGUUUCCCUCCCCAAGCUGGCCGUGGUAUGCCUCCCCAGAUUCCAGGUAUGCCCUUGACUGGCAAUGAGUUGGUCGGUGGUGCUCUAGCUCAACAACUGUCCGCCGUCCCACCCGUCCAACAGAAGCAACUCCUCGGAGAGGCUCUCUUCCCCAAGAUCCAAACUCUUCAACCUGAGCUGGCUGGUAAGAUCACCGGUAUGCUUUUGGAGAUGGAAAACCAGGAGUUGGUCAAUCUUAUUGAGGAUGAUGCUGCUCUCCGAGCAAAGGUUGAUGAGGCUCUUACCGUAUACGAUGAAUAUGUCAAGAACAAUAAGGGCGAAGAGAAUGCUGCUGAGUCUGGAGACGCCAAGGAGGAGAAGACCGAAGAGAAGGCUUAAUUGCCCACUCUCUGCGACUCCCGCAUUCUGCAUUAACGAUUCUCCUUCUCCAUACCAUAUUCAUUUCCUGCGUUGUCAAUGUGCAGCGGCAUCGGGCUGCCGGAAAAGUUUUGCGCUCUCUGUCUCUGGCGCCACAAUCUCGAAUUACGGCUUCUGUGUCACUAUUGGUGCGGCUGGCUUCUCUUACAUUUCCUUUAAUCAUUGAGGUUGCUCAUCAUGGCGGGAUGAACUCCUCAAUCAUGUACUCAUAGAUCAUUUCUGCGCAUGGCUUCAUCAGCUUUCCGCCGCAAAGUUCACUCACAUGCAUGCUAUGUGGGCUGGGAUGGUCACACAAUAUUCCCCAAGGUGUCAUUAAGUUGCUUCUCGGCGAAGAUGGGAUGGAUUUGAUUUGGCUUGGUGCUCUUCUGCUCCUUGGUCUGUCUAGGCGGUCUGGUCUUUGCUGAGUACGGCGUAUUUUAGACGUGGAAUCAACACAAAAACAUUGCAAAC